CAGUAGUGCUCCACCAGCAUCAAUGGCACACUAUGCCUGUGUCGAAGACCUCGUAUUUCGUCGGCUGGCUCGUCGUCAAGUUCCUGCCAAUGCACGUUGACACCUUACUAGCCGUGUACACGUACUUGUACAUAGUACACACACUGCUGCUGGGGCAACUGGCCGUUUUGCAGCGAUAAAACUGCCGACUUGCCUUAUCCACUUUCAACUUCCACCGUUCAACUCUCAGGUUUCGCAUUGAACAGUUACAAAUAUCCGCUCAAUUUGCUGAUCUAACAAUACAAAUAUUACCGCCAACCCUGCACAUUCUCUCCUGACCUCUCGUUAUGCCGAGCCUAUCUUCACCAAGUCUGGGUUUGAUAGAAUGGCUCGAGAUUCUCUUUUUGCUCGGGCCACUUUUGUUCGUCGCGACGGCCACCUAUAAUUUAUUUCUGCAUCCGUUAGCCCACAUUCCGGGCCCAUUCUGGGGUCGAGCAAGUGGGAUUCCCUCGUGGUAUCAUGCUCUUCGCGGCAAGCGCCACAUCUGGCUGUGGCAGCAGUUCCAGAUUUAUGGCGACAAAAUCCGCCCUGACCCCAACACGGUGCUGUUCUGCGACCCGGACGCGUACGCAGAUAUCUACGGCAUGAAAUCCAAUGUACGACGAAGUCCUUUCUACGAGGCAUUCAAGAGGAACGAGCGCGAGAAAACAACUCUCACCACUAUUGAUGUUGCCGCACACGCCAAGAAGAGAAGAAUUCUCAAUAUCGCCUUUACCGAGAAGUUGGUUCGCGCCGCCUCUGGCUUCAUCAUCAAGCAUGUUGAUCGUUGGAAUCAACUCAUUAUGGAUGAAAUUGACAGCGACUCAGAGUGGUCUGCUCCCGUGGACUUUUCACACAAGGUGGACGCCCUUAUCUUUGAUAUCAUGGGAGACCUCUGCUUCGGAAAGUCCUUUGGCAUCAAGGAGCCUGGAGACAACCCGCUGAAGGAGGUUCCGCAUUGCAUUGCCGAGUACAUGCGAUUCUACUACCCAAUGUGCCGCUCUCCUUUCCUGAAACUCCUCCUCUGGCUCAAGCCCCGCGGCCUCGACCGACUAUUUGAGCUCAUUACCCCACCCGCCGUGCAGAAAUACAACGAAUUUGUCUACAGCAGCGUUACUAGUAGGAUUGCUCUGCAGAAGGAGCAGGCGGAGAAGCCCGAGGUAGAGAGGCGUCAAGACAUGUUCUAUUUUUUAUGCGAUGCCAAAAACCCCGAUACAGGUCUCCCCGCCUACGAUGAGGAUGAGUUACGAGCGGAAUCCAGCCUGCUCAUCAUCGCGGGAUCCGACACUACAUCCAUUAGUCUCUCUGGUAUAUUCUUCUACCUCACUGGCGACCCACGACGAUACCAGAAUCUCGUAAAUGAGAUACUGACGACGUUUGAUUGUCCUGAGGAAAUUGUUCACGGGCCGAAACUCCUUAGUUGCCAGUACCUCAAGGCAUGCGUCGACGAGGGAAUGCGCCUCACCCCAUCAGGACCAAGCGAACUGCCUCGGCAGGUGCUCCCGGGAGGAAUUCAAAUCAAAGGAGAAUACUACGGGCCAGGGACAAUCGUGGGCACAGUACCCUGGGCCAACUCACGCAAUCAGGAGGUUUAUGGUGAUCCGGACAUAUUCCGACCUGAACGUUGGAUCGUGGACGAAUCUACUGGCGUGACCAAAGAGGAGGUUUCGCGGAUCAAAGCUAAUUUCCACCCGUUCCUCACGGGGCCGGGUAACUGCAUCGGGAAGAAUCUAGCCCUGACGGAGAUAUUGAUCACAAUUGCACGAACUCUUUAUCGACUGGAUGUCAGAAGGGCACCUGGGUCUACAUUUGGAGGCGGAGCACCCGAGCUUGGAUGGGGAGCUAGGGACAGGAGGCAGCUCCAGCUGGGGGACGCGUAUAUUUCGCUCCGCCAAGGUCCUGAGGUGCAAUUCAGGAAGAGGGCAUCUGCACUCUCGGAGACGAAAUCUGAGUAGGCCAAGACGAGGGCAGGAUCUGCUUCCACAGUCUGCAGGCAGUUGUCAACAAGUCUACAUGUAUGCUAGGUGUUAGAAUUACCCACCAAUGUAAAUUC